GAGUCCCGCACUCCACAGCCUGAACCCCUGGUCCAAACCCCUCGCAGAGACAUGGAAGAAUUUUUGCAACGCGCCAAAUCUAAACUGGAUCGAAGCAAACGUUUGGAGAAAGUCCAUGUAGUUAUUGGACCAAAAUCAUGUGAUUUGGAUUCUCUCAUUUCUGCUUUUACAUAUGCUUACUUUCUGGACAAGGUCAGUCCACCUGGGGUUCUGUGCUUGCCAGUGCUGAACAUCCCAAGAACUGAAUUCAGCUACUUCACAGAGACAAGAUUUAUUUUAGAAGAGCUUAAUAUCUCUGAGUCAUUUCACAUAUUCAGAGAUGAAAUUAAUCUGCAUCAGCUAAACGAUGAAGGAAAAUUAUCUAUAACACUUGUUGGCAGCAGUGCUCUGGCGAGUGAAGACAAAACUUUGGAAUCUGCAGUUGUCAAAGUCAUUAACCCGGUUGAGCCACGUGAUGGCGAGCUGGAGUUCCUGGAGUCUUCCUCUUCCCUUGUGCUGAAAGAGCUUCUCCGGGAGGCUCCAGAGCUCAUCACCGAGCAGCUGGCUCAUGUUCUCAGAGGAAGCAUUCUUUUCAAAUGGAUGACCAUGGACUCUGAGGUGUCAGAGCAGCAGGAGGAGAUUCUCUCUAUACUGGAAGAACAGUUUCCCAACUUGCCUCCAAGAGAUGACAUCAUCAGUGUACUACAGGAGACCCAGCACGGUGCUCAGAGUAUAAGUAUUGAACAAACAAUGUUGAAGGACCUGAAGGAACUAUCAGAUGGCGAAAUAAAAGUGGCCAUUAGUACUGUGAACAUGACCCUUGAGAGCUGCCUGUUCCACAGCAACAUCACCAGUGAUCUGAAAGCGUUCACAGACAAGUUUGGGUUUGAUGUCCUCAUCUUGUUGGCAAACUGCAUAUCAGAGGAGCAGCAGCCAAGACGACAGGUCGCUGUGUACUCCCAGAACCUGGAGCUGUGCAGUCAGAUUUGCUGUGAGCUAGAAGAGUGUCAGAACCCUUGCCUGGAGCUAGAACCCUUCGAAUGUGGCUGUGAUGAGAUCCUGGUCUACCAACAGGAGAACUCUUCCGUGACUUGUGAUCAGGUGGUUCUCCUUGUCAAGGAAGUCAUCAAUAGAAGGUGUCCAGAGAUGGUCUCCAACAGCCGGACAUCCUCAACAGAAGCUGUAGCAGGCAGCGCACCCCUCUCUCAGGGCUCUUCUGGGAUCAUGGAGUUGUAUGGCUCUGACAUAGAGCCACAACCCAGCUCUGUGAAUUUCAUAGAAAAUCCUCCAGACCUCAAUGACUCUAAUCAGGCCCAGGUGGAUGUCAACAUAGACCUUGUUAGCCCAGACAGUGGGUUGGCCACCAUUAGGAGCAGCCGUUCAUCCAAGGAGAGCUCAGUGUUCCUCAGUGAUGACAGCCCAGUGGGUGAAGGUGCUGGGCCUCACCACAGUCUUCUCCCAGGAUUUGACUCCUACAGUCCCAUCCCUGAAGGGGUAGUUGCAGAGGAGCAUACACUGUCUGGGGAGCACAGUGAACACUUCGACCUCUUCAACUUUGACCCAGCACCCAUGGUUUCUGGACAGUCCCAACCAUCUUCCCAUUCUGCAGACUACUCCCCAACAGAUGACUUCCCCAACAGUGACUGGUCAGAAGGACAGCUCCCUGCGGGGCCUAAACACCUUGAGAUGGGCAUCACCAUGUCCAAUUAUUCCUCCAGUUCACUUCUGUCAGAGGCUAGCAAAGACAAUCUUGUGGAGUUUGAUGAAGAAUUUGUCCAAAGACAAGAAAGUCUAGGAGAUAAUUCUGAAAGAAAUUUGAGCCUGCCAGAUUUUAUGGCCAAUGAAUCUCCUCCUCCAGAAAGGCUAAAAAAUAUUGGGAAAAGAAUCCCACCAACACCUAUGAAUAGCUUUGUAGAAAGCUCACCAUCCACUGAAGAGCCAGCUGCACUCUAUCCAGAAGAUAUGAUCCAAAAAGCAAUUGACACAGAGCACCUGGGACUACCACAGACCCGGACACGGUGCAGCAGCUGGUGGGGUGGCUUGGAAACUGACCCCAAAAACACUGUAGACACAUGGAGCUCCAGUGAACAAGAAUCUGUCUUCCAGAGCCCUGAAUCAUGGAAAGAGCAGAAGCCCAUCCCAGGUGAUAGAAGAGCCUCUGAUUCUGUAUUUCAACCAAAGGGUGUUGAAUUUCCAAAGUCAAGUCUCUGGGAAUUAGAAUUUGGACAGGUUGAAGUGAGUAGCAAAGAUACUCAGAAUCGAAAGGAGGAAAGCUGCUCAUUCCAGCAGCUGCCCGGUGAGAAACCAUGUUUGCCAGAUGUUCCUUCUCCUCAAGGAACAAACCACCUGAUAGAAGAUUUUUCUGCUUUGUGGCAUUCCAGUCACUCCCCAACAGCAAUGCCUGAGCCCUGGGGAAACCCUCCAGAUAAUAGUGAGCCCACGGUUGCAGUGUCCUUCCCCGCCUGGGGUGCAUUCCAUAAAGAAGAUGAUGGUGACCCUUUGAACACGACCUGGAAUCUUCACCCAACAACUAGCGAGACACCUGCUAUGCGGGAGCCAAAUGAGUGGGCUAUGGCAAAGAGCGGGCUUGCUCUCCCUGUGGCAGAAAGACUGGAUGGCUCUCAGGGUGAGGUCAGUGAAGAAGCAGCUCUGGAAAUCUGGGCCAAAAACUGCAAUGACUCCAGGGACAGUAUCCCUGCAUGUGGAAAUCCCCAUUCUGGUAUGGAUCUAACACAGACCGCCUCUAAGCCACCACAGGAAGAUGAGCAUGGCAUAUUGGAUCCUGAGCCAAGGGGGAAGGCAUAUGGAAAGGAAGAUUCCUGGAAACUCUUUGAGGAAAAUAUUAAACAGGGAAGGCCAGAAGUUAUCUCUCCUUGGGAAGAUUCCUUCUUGUCAUAUAAGUGCUCUGACUACAGCACGUCCAACAUAGGAGACGGUUCUGUGCCAUCUCCCUUAGACACCAACUACUCCACCUCUGACUCCUACACGUCACCAACAUGUGCUGGAGAGGACAAAGAGUCAGAAAACAAGCCAUUUGUUAAACAGGAAGAUUUUGAGGCAAAAGAUGCUAACUCUACCGCUGAGCAGGCAGAAGUUCCCCCACCACCUCUGCAGCCGCCCAGAAAUCGGAUCAGUUCAGGUCCUGGGAACCUGGACAUGUGGGUGUCACCUCUUGCAGAUGACAGGAUGGAAGAAAAUGCCACACAUGAUCCGGACAAAGAUUUACUCAAGACAGAGAAUGCAGAUGGUAAGAGUGUCUCCAUGGAGGAUGGCAUAGGGGAAAGCAGCCCAUCCAGCUACGAUGAUCCCUGCAUGAUGCAGUUGUACAAUGAGGCCAACCGGCAGCUCACCCUUCUGCACAGCAGCACCAACUCACGGCAGACAGCCGCCGACAGUGUCGAUGUAUGGAACAGAGUGAUCCUGGAGGACACACAGUCCACUGCAACAAUCUCAGAUAUGGAUAAUGACUUGGACUGGGAUGACUGUAGCGGGGGUGUGGCCAUCACAGGUGAUGGUCAAGCAGAAGGCUACGUUGCCGAAAGCAUGGAACCAGAAACCCGGUUCUCUGUGAAACAGGUAGAACCAUGGGGCACUGAGUAUCAGGAAGCAAAUCAGGGAGACUGGGAACAACCUGCAUCUGCUGAACACAGCAGGGACACUGUUUCCAAUGAAUAUCACACCCUCAAUAAGAAAAGCGGGCAGUUAAUUGCAAAUGAUAUCUGGGAUUCCAUGAUGCGAGAUAUAGACAUAUCACCACCCAGGUUACCAGGCUCACCAUAUAUUAUGGAUUCACAACAAAGCAAUUUGCCUCCUGAAAAUUCCAGCCAUUCAGUCAGUGCUAAGGAUAGUCACAUGUUUGAAGCCUCUGGAGUCACUGAGUCACCAGCACUUAUACCUCAUCCUGACAACCAAGACACAUGGACAGGAUCCCUGCCAGUUGACAGGGCACCCUUGGCAAACAGCUUUGAAAGUGCAGGACACACAGAUCCAUGGGUAGCUCAAAACUAUGGGCAAAAUGAGAGUGAGAAUGAAGCCUGGGAAGCCUUGGACAGGAAGCACUUUGAUAAGGAAGCAGUGAUGGAUGCUGGGGUGGAUGGUGCUCCAGGGCUCUCUGGGAAAGACCCCAGAGACCAAGAACUCUCCUGUUCAGUUGCAGCUGAACGUCAAGAAAUCUGCACUGAGUCAGGUGAAAUCAGUUCUCUUUCAGUCACCUCCAGCCCUGAAACCGAGAAACGAGAGGAAGUUUCACAAUUUGACAGGGGGUCUUACAAUCCAGAUUCCUGUUCUCUGCAAAUAGAGGCAUCCACGAGUAACAUGCAAGCAGAAGAGGCCUAUGAAGAGCCUCUUGUCCAUCCUAGAAAUUGGUGUGAAACUACUGAAACUGUGGGUAUGAUGAACCUAAUAAAAAAUGUACCUGUAUCUGAAAUGGAGCUUGAGAAGACUGAAGACUGUAUCAUUCUGGAGCCAGAAAGAGUAACUGAAAGGCCACCUCAUGAAUCCCCCCAAGGUACUGUUGUUUGGGAUAGCCCUACAGACAGUGAUGUGUGGGAUAGUCAUAUAAGUUCGGAAGUAACCAAGAGUCUUAAAGUUCAGGACACCGACAAUGGUUUUCCAGGAGCCCAUUCGCCUGAAAGUCAUGAUAGCGAUAGCAUUUCUAGUGAGUGUACUCGUUCCAGUGCUUUGGGCCCUGAGAAAAAGAACUCUUCAGCUGCUUUGUCUUCCCGGAGCCAUGCGCCCAGUGCUGAGCACCAGAAAGAGAACACAGGUGACACAAGUGAACAGGAUCAUCAAGAACUAGAGCCAACAGCCACGGAGGGCCAAACAAAAGUCAUUGCUGAUAUGAAAGACUUAGGGAAAGACAGAAAGGAUGAGUCUGAUAAGAGCUUCUAUCACAAGGGUCCUAAAUUUUUAGAGAUUUCAAAUGAUUCAAUGCAUGACGAUUCCUUAUCCUCGUCAUCCAGUCCUGAAACAGACAAAUAUUCAGAAUAUUAUGGUUUGUAUCAGGAAGGCAACCUAACAAUUAGCAAUCAAGAGAAAAAUGAAUGUGAUUUCCCCAAAAUUGUGCAGCCAGAGGAUACCACUGUGAGGUCCACAAGCUCGGGUUCUGAUGAUGACAGUGUAGGUGAAGAAGAGUCCACAAAGAAAGAGACUUCUUUGGCCACAUGUCAGGUUGCUCAGAAUGAACCCAGAGCUUGGGAUUCGGUGGCUGAAUCUAAGUUCUGGGCCACAGAAGAUCCCAACUCUGAGCCUUCUGACAAUGUAGGCAAUUCAGACCCAGCAGAGAAUGAGAGUAAGUCAAACCCAUUCUGUGACAAUCAACAAACCAUCCAUGAUCCGUGGAACAUCUCCCCAUUCCUGGAGACUGAAAUACAGGUCACCUACAUGGAGAAAGAGACAAGCUCUGCAGAAUCAGGGGGUAGAGGAGAUAAUAUAUGGCAAGUAUCUUCCAAAACUGAACCAAACUCUAACUUGGAAAUGCUUGGCUUCUCAGCUGAGAGCAGUGAGUGGUGGAAUGCCACUCUACAGGAAGGGAGACCAACUGAAAGAACAUUGGGAAAGGAAUUGUCUGACUCAAAGGAUGGGUUAGACACAAAUCCUUCGGUAUACCAGAAUAUGAGUCCCUGGGGAGUACACAUUCAGGGCAGUAAUGACUCUAUAGAAGCACAUAGUACUGAUCUUUUCGACAAUGAACAUCAGUCACCCUUUCUGGAGAGUGAUGAGGACAACUCUCAUGAAAAGCUUUGGAACAUUCAACCAAGGCAGCCAGACCCAGAUGCCAAUCAGUUUAGUCAGCUAGCAGCAUUGGACCAAACUACUGAAAAAGAAUGUGCACAGCAAACCUUCAUGUCUUCUGGCAGGGAUGUAAUCCCUGCUGAAACUCCCACCCAGGAGCAGUGCCAGGAUACCAUGCUACCUGGCUGGGAUCAGCCAGACCCAGCAUUUACUCACACAGAUGGAAACGGAUGUGGUACAGAUAACGCUUCAAUCAUUGAGUGCCAAGAAGCACAUUGGUGGGAACAAGAGAAAGCAUACAUCAGGGAGAUGGCACAAUCAAGCCUCGCCACAGACAAUCUUUCUGCUGUCACGACUCCCACACAACUGAUAAAUAAGCCAGGCUCUGAAUGGGUUGGCUCCAGCCCCAGUGAGGACCCCCGGGAAACUUUUACUCCAGAUAUUUUACAUGACAACUUCCAAGAGGGUGGACAACUGUCCUCAGCUUCACCUGACUUAUGGAUGGAUGCCAAGCAACCCUUCACUUUAAAAGCUGAUGGUGAGAAUCCUGAUAUACUGACUCACUGUGACCAUGACAACAGUCCCCAGACCUCCGACAACCCUGAUGUAUGUCAUGAUUCUGAAGCAAAGCAAGAGACAGAGCAGCACAUAAGGAGUUCCCCAGGACCUGAAGUGGAUUCCAGUGCACUUGAUCUCACUGUGUCAAAGAUGAACGAAGAACCCAGUCAGGAGCCUGGGCAGGAAUCUGUCCCUCAUAAUUCAGAACUCUGUUCUGAAAAUGUGAUUCCACUGCCUCCAAUCAGCAGUCAAGAAGGUGUAAAUAGCUCCUCUCAUCCUGCCUCUCAAAAAGGUUCUUUUGAGCCUCCUGAAGUGAAUGGUGACAAUACUGGUUUAAAAGCAUCAGAAAAUGGAACCAGCCCAGACACCACACCAAUUUUGGAACCUGUUGAAAGAGCAAUCCCAACACUCAGAAAUGUAGAAACUACCAUUUUUGUAACUCAGCAGGAGUUGACUGUGGAAGGAAACGACCCUUGGGUGUCAGCCAACUUUGUUCCCAAGAGUCAGACAGGAGCUAGAACCUUGCCUGACAGUGAGCAGCCUUUGGAUCCUGAGAAUCCUGCUGCAGUUAUUGAUGUCCUAGCCUCAGACAUCUGCCUGGAUGUAAGUGACGCUGCCUUGGACAACAGCUUCAGUGAUGCCUCCGGCCUCAACACUUCUACGGGAACAAUAGAUGAUAUGAGUAGGUUAACAUUAUCAGAAGGCCACCUCGAAACACCACUUGAUGGGGAUGCAGCGAAGCAAGAUAUCUGUUCAUCUGAAGCCUCCUGGGGUGAUUUUGAAUAUGAUGUAAUGGGCCAGAAUAUCGAUGAAGAUCUAAUGAAAGAGCCUGAACACUUCCACUAUGGUGGUGACCUGUCCUUGGAGGAAGACUCUCGGAAGCAAUCACUGGUGCCGUACACACCUCCCUUUGACUUGUCCUACCUCACAGAGCCGACCUGUGGUGCUGCUGAAACAGCCCAGAAAGCUGAGUCUCCAGAGGAUGCAUCCCUGGGGAGCGAAGCCGCAGCGGUGUUGCUCUCCGCCCUUCCUGAUCAAAGUGAGGGAAGCCACGCGGAGACCGAGAGGAAAUUCGCUGGGCACCAGCUGGUAGUUCUGCAUGCUCAUGAAGAGCUGGAGUCCCUUUCUUCACCCCUAGGAGGAUCAGGUUCCAAUGUUGAGUCCUCUUCAUGCAAUAUUGACUGGGAAGUAGAAACGGACCAUUCUGACUCGCCAGCAGGUGGAGACAUGGGACCACCAAAUGGUGUCAGCAAGGAACUAUUAGAGUUAGAUGAAGAAGAAGUAAUUCCCACACAGGAGCCUGAAAAGCUAAAAUCAAAAUCCAAGGAAGAAAGAUACACAGAGAAGAAUGAAGAUCAUCAUGCACUUUCUAUUGAUUACAUACUUGUAAGCCAUGAAGAAGAUCCACCCUUGAAGCCAGAGGUCUGUGAAGCAAGAGAAACCAUACCUGAAUUAGAAAGAGAGUGUAUAGGCUCUGAAGAAACAGGGCUGCCAGAAACUCAGCUAGCAAACUUUUCAGAAAGGCAUCAGCCUGCCUCUUUAAAUGAAGAAAAAGAUUCUGCAGAGAGAAUGUUUUCCAAAGAUGAUAAGAUGAUAUCUCUUGGAUGUCCUGCACAAGACCAGAGUUGGAUGGUCUUGGGCCAUGGUGAGGUUGGAAACCCAUCGUCAGAAGCUAAGGAUUUAGAACCUAGAUGGUCUGGCAUGACAAUAGAGCAGUUCUCAGAUCUCAAGUUAGGAAAGGAUCCCCAGACGCAGGUUCUGGGAGAAAUGAAGCCUUCAAAAUCUUUAGUGCUAGAGGAAGUUUCUGGUUUGGGAAGUAAAUUAUGCAAGAGCCAGGGCAGAGCUCAGGCUGGCCCGGAUGCAGUUCCAAUGCAGACUGUCACCCCUGAAAAUGAAUGGAAAAUGCUUUCACCACAGCCUUCUCAGAAAAACAAGAUCCCCAAAGGGGAAAUGGAGGAGGAGACAGAGUUCCUUGAGCCUGAAACCAGAAAGCCAAGACCAAAUGGACUCCUAUCAGAGGAUGUAGGAAUGGACAUCUCUUUUGAGGAGGGAACGCUGAGUCCCAACGAGGCAGACAUGAGGCCUGAACCUCCCAAUUCGCUGGAUCUCAAUGGCAGUAAUCCUCGGAGGAUCAAGCUCACAGCCCCAAAUAUCAACCUUUCUCUGGAUCAAAGUGAAGGAUCUGUUCUCUCUGAUGAUAACCUGGACAGUCCAGAUGAAAUUGAUAUCAAUGUGGAUGAACUUGACACCCCCGAGGAGGCCGAUUCCUUUGAGUACCCUGGCCAUGAAGAUCCUGUGGACAACAAGGAUUCUGGCCAAGAAUUGGAGUCUAUUCCAGAAUACACAGCUGAAGAGGAGCGGGAAGAUAACCGGCUGUGGAGGACAGUGGUGAUCGGAGAGCAGGAGCAGCGCAUUGACAUGAAGGUCAUCGAGCCCUACCGGAGGGUCAUUUCUCACGGAGGAGACUCAGGAUACUAUGGGGACGGUCUAAAUGCCAUCAUUGUAUUUGCCGCUUGUUUCCUGCCAGACAGCAGCCGAGCGGAUUACCACUACGUCAUGGAAAAUCUUUUCCUAUAUGUAAUAAGUACUUUAGAGUUGAUGGUAGCUGAAGACUACAUGAUUGUGUACUUGAAUGGUGCAACCCCAAGGCGGAAGAUGCCAGGUCUAGGCUGGAUGAAGAAAUGCUACCAAAUGAUUGACAGACGGUUGCGCAAGAAUUUGAAGUCAUUCAUUAUUGUUCAUCCCUCUUGGUUCAUCAGAACAAUCCUAGCAGUGACAAGGCCUUUUAUAAGUUCAAAAUUCAGCAGUAAAAUUAAAUAUGUCAGCAGCUUGUCAGAGCUCAGUGGUCUGAUCCCAAUGGAUUGCAUUCAUAUUCCAGAAAGCAUCAUCAAACUGGAUGAGGAACUGAGGGAAGCAUCUGAAACAGCUAAAACUAGCUGUCUUUACAAUGAUCCAGAAAUGACUUCUAUGGAGAAGGAUAUUGACCUAAAGCUGAAGUAAAAGCCCUAGGGGCCAGGCUGGAGGAAGAGCACAUUUUCUGCGUGGUGGCUCCACUGAAGCAUUUCUACCUGAAGAGACAGGGCUAACGUUACUUUUCUCCACUUUACACUACCUGGAGCCAUCCUAAAUUUCUAAUGGGGGGAAUGGAAAGAGAUUUGUUUACCAUUGAUAUGUUUUAUGAAAUUUGUGUAAUUCCCUAUUUUGCCAAUUAUGUGCCUCAAAAGUUUAGUUUUGAACCUUAGCAAGAAAAUAGGACCUUUUAUUUCAAUAUUUUGUUAACCUGGGGUACAGUGGUACUUGUUCCUUACACUGGAGUUUACCAGAAAUGUAACUUAAAUCCACUGUUAAGCAGAAGUAGGCUUGUGUCCAUCUAAUUAAAUUUCUCCAUGAUGAUGACUUUAAGUUUUACACCGAGCUUGACUCACACUGGCAAAGUUGCUCUAUGGCUACCUGUGAAAUGCUGCGGCUGGUUAGGACAGCCAUGAACCAGACAGAUGCUAGCCCAUAAGCUAAGUUGCCCAUUUUGUUCUUGUCCACAUGAGUCUUCUUUUAAGUUCUAAAAGAAAAGAUAGAUUUCUAAUUCAUAUGAUUUCUACAUUACCCUUAUGGAAAUUGUUCUUGUACAAAAAUCCAGCCAUGCGUGAUGGUGCACACUUUUAAUCCCAGCACACAGGAGGCAGAGGUAGAAGGAUCACCAUGAGUUUAAAGCCAUCCUGAGACUACAUAGUGAAUUCCAGGUAGGCCUGAGCUAGAGCUAGACCCACCUCAAAAACAACAACAACAACAACAGUCUUCAAUGAGCAUUGAAGAUCUUCAUAUUGUAAAUCUUAAUGAUAAAUGUUGCAUUUCUAGUAACUGACUAUGCUUCAGGCCACAAAUUAAGCUCACUGUCUUUACCCUUUCAGUGUCAAGUCUAAGGUAGUUCACUCAAAAAUUAUGUGGUGAUGUUCAACACAUGCAUUAAAAAAAACAAUCUGCUUUAGGGUACUGUAAUCUGACCACAAGCUAAAAAUUAAGUGCAUAUAUCUACUAGUUCUUUUAUUGUUUUCAUAGGCUCUGCAAAAUGCAAUCUCAAAUCUGUGGGUCUCCAACAGAGAGAUGGGCAAACUGUGCCACUGUCAGCUAAGGUGGUUUUGACUUGUGGUUGAGAAAAUUUUAAUACUUCAUUAUACAAGAAAAUUAGACCCUUAUGCCACCAAAUGCAUCCUGUCCCAUUCUGCUCCCUUCGUGUUAGAUCAUUUUUCUAGCAGGAUGGACAAAUCAGGCUGAAAGCUCAUUUGUUAUUCUCCAAAGAAAUUUUUAAGAUAAGAUCUUGCUAUAUAAUCCUGCUUGCCUGGAACUUGCUAUAUAGACCAAGUUGGCCUCAAACUUGGGGGUGACCAUCCCGGCUCCCUUCCUGAGUGCUGGCAUUAUGAGCAUGUACCACUGUUUUGUAUCUUGGAUAAACAGUGGCAUGUACAGGCAGUACAAGAUCACAUGGGCUGCUGAGAAAACGAGUCCUUCACACAAAAGCAUACAUCGCCCAUGUGGCAAUGGCAAGACUUGAAUUCUUCCUAAAAGUUCCUUUUAAGCUCUGUCCUGGAUGGCUGAAGUCCCUACCUUACUCUGGGAAUUAGUCUGUUGUGUCACUAGAAAUAAUGAAGUGGAGUCUGGCUCAUCCAUUGUCUACUGGUGUUGACUUCAUUCAGAAGAGCUAUUGACACUUUGAGCCCAGAACCACCUAGAAGUGUGUAUCUUUGCACAGGUGCUUGAGUCUAUCCGCCUCAUUGCUUCAUGUCUGUUUGUAGUUCACUUUCCAUACAUGCUGCCUGGGGCCAGAUCUUUCCUCUAUAGGACUCCAGAGUUAUCUGUUCCCCAUCUUGAUCCCUUUUAGUUUGUAUCCUGUUGAACUUUGUGUUCUUUUGAAACUCCAUCCUCAUGGCACUUGGCUAGUCUAAUAGAAAAACACUAGAGCCAGCCACCUCUCCCAGCCCACACCUGCCUACCUGUGGGAGCCCAAAUGAUGGCAGCCCCAGAACAUAGCAUUUACAUAAACAUAGUUACCGGAUGUUCUGAUCUGUACAUCUACUUAAUGCUUUCACUCCGUAGUGUCCUAUUUUCAAAGGUGAAUUUACACAGCUCUGGUAGCCAUAGCCACAUUGAAUUUAUAAAGUCAUGAGGAUCCCAGAGUUUCGCUUCGUGGUGCAGAACAGUGGACGAGGGGCUGUUGUGAGAGGGCUCUUCUCACAGCCUACCAGAUAUGGCAACACUCUUCAUCAUUCACAUCUCUCUGCACCCAACCUGUUUAGGGAAGAUGACACAGGUGACAUGAUGUUUGAGACUUGGUCUUCCCACAUGGAAACUAUGAGCAUCUUUCCCAUCAGUGACUUUGGUUAGAAUGUUCUGUGGGCUGCAAAAUCAUUCCACUAUUUAGGUAUUUGCUGUUUUGUUAUCUUAAAAAGAAAAAUUAAUUUAAUUGCACGUGCUAGAGAGCAGCUACCAUGUAAAUCAGUCCAAGUGAAUAGUCUCCUAGGUGAAUCCUGAGAAGGUAGUCCCCCUAAGCAGACUGGCAGAGCGGUGUGAGCUUUCUCAUCACCCAGCUCUCGCUCCUGCAUUCGGAGCAUUCUUGCUUUGGUUCUGACUUCUGGGCACUGCUUUGCACAUUUCCUAUAGAUUUGUAGUUAAGGGAGCCAAAGGGUCACUGGGGGCAAAAGCAUUGUUUUCACUCAAAGUGGCAACUGUUCUUUGUUUAACUUUGAGAGACCUAAUGAGAAUUUGCACACAAGGUCUUUGUUGAGGAGUGAGAAGAUCUGAGGGCGGUAGCUGAGUGUGGAAGGAAACCCCAGAGUUCCUGCUGAAGCCAUACAAUGCUGCAUGGGGUUCCUUUCUCUGGCGUACGCAGAUGGGUGAGGCAGUCACCUCCCCUGGCCUUCAGUAUUGUGAUGACGUUGUGAGGAUUCAGUUAUGGCACCAUGUUGCAGAUCUUGUUUAGCAUAUUGCCUCAGUAGUCUGCUCCUUCAGAAGCCAUUAGAUGUGCACAAAUUAAAGUUUUAUAUAUUUAAAGACUUUUCUACCAUGUAUUGGAUUGCUCAUAAUAAAAUAUCUAUUAGAGUUCACUUUGGUAAGCAAAUAAAUUAAGCAUCCCAAAAUAGUGUGGAUUAAAAUAUGAAAAUAUUGUAACAACACAGUAUAUCUAUAUGUCUUCUAUAUGUAAUUCAGAAAUAAAAAUUGAUUCCACACAUUA